AUGAGGACGUUAGACAACUACUUCUCGGUACAAGUAUUUCUUAUUGUGUUGCGAGAAACACUAGAACUGGCAAUUAUUAUAUCAGUAUUAUUAGCAUUCAUUAAACAGAGUUUUAAUUCCAAUAAUCUUUUAAAUUCUAACCAUAACACGUUGAAUAAGAAUCAUAUUGUUGAUGGUGAUGAAACAUCAGAAGUAUUACACGAGACCGGUCAUUCAGAGAUCUCAGAUGAUCAGCAUACUAGCGUUGCUGUAGACAACUCGUCGAUAUACAAUUACUUGAGGCUCCAGAUAUGGAUCGGUGGGUUAUUAGGAGUUACGUGUUGUUUAAUAAUUGGAUCGAUAAUCUUGGCAAUAUUUUACAUAAUAGGCAAAGAUUUUUGGUCAGUAACAGAGCAUUACUGGGAAGGCACGUUUUCCAUACUAGCUAGUAUCAUUAUAUCAGUAAUGGGUAUAAAAAUAUUGAGAGUAAGUAAAAUGCAAGAUAAAUGGAAAAAUAAGUUGUCAACAUUGAUUAACCAGUCUAAUUAUAUUGGGAAUAUAAUGAGACAACCAAGUGAUAAUUCUGAAUUAUCAGGAAAGGUUUCUAAUUUUUCUGAAAAGUACGCCAUGUUUAUUUUGCCCUUUGUGACCACGCUAAGAGAAGGAAUGGAGGCUAUAGUUUUCAUCGGAGGUAUUGGGAUCAACGAAAAUACUUCAAUUUGGGCUAUUUUUAAUUCAUUGGUAACAGCGUUAAGUCUUGGUUUGCUAAUCGGUGGUUUACUCUACCGCCUGGGAAACACAUUAUCCUUGCAGUGGUUUUUGAUCGCAUCCACUGGGUUCUUAUAUUUAGUUGCGGCGGGAUUAUUCUCUAAGGGUGUAUGGAAUUUUGAAUUGCAAAGAUUUAUCGAUUUAUGCGAUGGAUUUGAUGUGAGUGAAACGGGCCAUAGACCAGGCUCAUAUGAUAUAUCCAAAAGUAUAUGGCAUGUAAACUGUUGUAACGGCGAGCUACAGGAUGACGGUCCUCUUUGGAUGGUCCUUACUGCAGUGUUAGGUUGGACCAAUAGUGCUACUUAUGGGAGUGUCAUAAGUUACAACGCUUAUUGGAUCACGGUAAUUUUGGUAUUUGCUUCAUUGUUGUUUGAAGAAAAACAUGGUCGCUUACCAGUUAUUCCAUUAACCUGGCAAAAGAAGAGAAUUGCCAAAAGGUCAAGCUCUCAUUAUGCUCCAGUAUCGCUGAUUGAUACUUCAGCUAUUCCCCGGGAAAGUAUUGAUUCCGUAAAUUCAAAGACUCCCUUAAAUAGCUAA